GAAAACCUAUCAGAUAGUUUGUUCAUAAUCCUUCUCUUUCAACAGCACUUCGUGUCCAUGUUUUCGAUCUGUCAUCCUGCAGGUCUGCUGUAGCAGGUGGCACUGCUUGAAGCAAGGGAGGAACUUUCCCCCUCCAUCAGUGGAGAGCAGAAAGAUUGUUGGGCGUGGCAACACCUCACAGUCAAGGAAGAAGGGGCAAGCUGCUUGUUCCCAGGAGGUUUAUCUCCAGAACUAGUGACUGCAGCUUCGAAGUGACUGAAGAAGAUCGUUCUCCAUAGGCCUGCACUCAGGCCCGAAGCCCUCUUCCCCUAUUUUGAGUGGCCACUCUAUUUCCUGGUCCCUGCCGUUGUCAGGGACGAUUGCAUGGGCUACGCCAGGAAAGUAGGCUGGGUGACUGCAGGCCUGGUGAUUGGGGCUGGAGCCUGCUACUGCAUCUACAGAUUGGCCCGAGGAAGAAAGCAGAACAAGGAGAAAAUGGCCGAGGGUGGCUCUGCUGAUGUGGAUGAUGCCGGGGACUGUUCUGGGACCAGGUAUAAUGACUGGUCUGAUGAUGAUGAUGACAGUAAUGAGAGCAAGAGUAUCGUUUGGUACCCACCUUGGGCCCGGAUUGGCACUGAAGCAGGGACCAGAGCUAGAGCCAGGGCCAGAGCCAGGGCUACGAGGGCUCGGAGAGCUGUCCAGAAAAGGGCUUCUCCUAACUCAGAUGAUACUGUUUUGUCCCCUCAAGAGUUACAAAAAGUACUUUGUUUGGUUGAGAUGUCUGAAAAGCCUUAUAUUCUUGAAGCAGCUUUAAUUGCUCUAGGUAAUAAUGCUGCUUAUGCAUUUAACAGAGAUAUUAUUCGGGAUUUGGGUGGUCUCCCAAUUGUUGCAAAGAUUCUCAACACGCGGGAUCCCAUCGUGAAGGAAAAGGCUUUAAUUGUCCUAAAUAACUUGAGCGUGAACGCUGAAAAUCAGCGUAGGCUUAAGGUAUACAUGAAUCAAGUGUGCGAUGACACAGUCACUUCUCGAUUGAACUCAUCUGUGCAGCUGGCUGGACUCAGAUUGCUUACAAACAUGACUGUUACUAAUGAGUAUCAGCACAUACUUGCUGAUUCCAUUUCAGAUUUCUUUCGCUUAUUUUCAGCAGGAAAUGAAGAAACCAAACUUCAGGUUUUGAAACUCCUUUUGAAUCUGGCUGAAAACCCAGCCAUGACUAGAGAACUGCUCAGGGCGCAAGUGCCAGCUUCGCUGGGCUCCCUCUUUAGUAAGAAGGAGAACAAAGAGGUUAUUCUUAAACUUCUGAUCAUUUUUGAGAACAUCAAUGACAAUUUCAAAUGGGAAGAA